AUGUCCAUAAAAGCUGCUAUCAAGUUGCUUCAAUCACAUCCUGUUUCGUCAUUACUGCAAAUAAAUCAAAAAUUAAAGGAUAUACGAAUACAAGGAUGGGCACGUCGAGUAGAAACACGUGGGAAAUUCUUGUUUUUGCAUGUCAGUGAUGGAUGUUCGUUAAAAACGAUACAAGCUGUGGUACAGCGUGAUAUUUGUCCUAAAGUACCGGUUGGUAGUGCUGUGGAUAUCGUUGGUGAUUGGGUAAUGAGUAAUGGUAAGCAACAAGGCAUGGAAUUGUUUGCUACAAAUUGUGAAGUUGUUGGACUUCAGCAAAAAAGCUUCAGCGAAUUGCCUACUGAAGAAAGUUGUGCGGAUGUUACGCGUAGAAAAUAUCAUUUACGAAUGAAAUCCAUUCCAUUCAUGUGUCUGCUGCGGCUACGUUCUCGGCUAGACCAGUUGAGUCGAUCUUUUUUCCAGAAGGAAUUAUUCUUUCAUGUGGAUACACCGCUGUUAACUCAUAAUGACUGCGAAGGUGCUGGUGAUAUAUUUAUUGUUCAGGCUGAUAAACAAAAUUAUUUCGGUGAUCAAGCAGUUUAUUUGCCAGUUUCAAGCCAACUACAUCUGGAAUCCUUUGUUGGCAGCCUAUCGAAGGUGUACACAAUAGCGCCUGCAUUACGUGCUGACCAUUCGCAGACUCGACAACAUUUGGCAGAAUUUCGAAUGUUGGAGGCGGAAUAUGCGUUUGCAGAUGAUUUAGAGCAGUUAUGCGAUUUGGUGGAGCGUUAUGUCAACUAUGUGAUAGAUGGAAUGCUUAGUUAUGAUGUGAAGGAAAUCAAAUCAAUGAUGCAAGUUUUUUGCAGCGGGAAUGCAGAAGUGCAGUCACUUUUAUGGACUAAUGGUUCUCGGAAGCCAUUUCUCCGUAUACAGUAUGACGAAGCAGCUGCUAUAUUGCAAAGUAAGGGUGAAAUGAUACCUGGAGGACGGUUUAGCAAAGAGAACGAAUUAACCAUGGUGAAGCACUGUGCUGGGCCCUUAUUUGUCCUCCGUUAUCCAUAUACACAGAAGCCUUUCUACAUGAAACGUUAUGGCAAUUAUGCGGAAUGUUUCGACUUGUUGGCACCAUUUGUUGGUGAGCUAGCUGGUGGUUCUUUGAGGGAGCCAGAUGCAGAAGAGCUCCGUCGUCGUGGAUGCGAUGACUCGUUGGAUUGGUAUUUGGAAAUAAGACAGCAUGGCCAUCCACCCAGUGCAGGAUUUGGCAUUGGUUUGGAACGUUUCAUGCAAGCCUUGUUUGGUAUUCUAAACAUAAAGGACACGGUAGCAUUCCCGAGAUGGUAUAAGCAUUGUCCAAGCUAA